AGAGGACAUAGCAGGCGAGUGGAAAAGCGAAGACCGGACAAAAUACCCAUUGCAUACAGGUUUUGAUACCAAGGCAUAAAUUGUUGGAACCUCUUACUCUUCAGUUGAUUCAUCCAAGAGGAAACUGGAAACUCAUAAAAACACACUAGAAAAGGAAUAACAGGCCUUAAGCCUUCUGUUUUUACUACACAAAUCUCAGUCUGAAUCUGAAUCUACUACUUCAGAUAUACAUUGGAUGCAUUGCGGACCUUCAAAUGCUUGAGACACGAUCACACGCCUCACUAGAAGUUAAUACCAUCUUAUUACUUUAUUUAUUUUGUCCUGAAUCUGUUUGAGUUUAAGACCCUAUUUUCGAACUUCACAUUUGGUUGUGAUGGAUUACGAAGCAAAUGAAGAAAACGAUUAUGACAGUGAUUUUAUUGACGAAGAUACGGAGUCACGUCUUUACAGUGCAGUAUUCUUUGAAACGUCAAUUUACACACCUGUAUCACAUGAUCUAGUAUCGGAACGAAUUGAUUCUAAUUUUAAUGGUACAUCAUUUUUACGCAAUUCGGAAUCAUCUAAAAAUCCUGUUUUCAUGCAUGUUGAAUGUGUAAAUAAGGAAGUAUCUGAUGCGUUGACAACCUCACUUCAAGUUCAACGGGACUGUUUCGAAGAUGAAUGUGAAAAGGAUACCUCGUCAUCAAGUUCUGGUUGUAGUGUUUUAUUGCAUUGUGGAAAUGAAUCUUCUGAGACUGAGAUCAGUACUCAAGGCGUUAUUCUUGGCGUUUCCCAUGAUACAUUGCUGCAUGUUGAGAAUGGGAAUAACUCUUCAGCAGUGCCAUGUCAGACAACAUUUAAUGAUAAUCCUAAUUUGUGGAAGAUAUGUAACGCUGAUAGAUACUCAUCACGCUCAACAAGUAUCCGGUAUUUUAACAGUUUGGAUAAUUCACUUUGUUCAGAAUGUGGAAGUAAAAGACAAAGGUCUCACAGAUGUUGUACUGCUUUUUUAUAUUUGUCAAUAAAUUACAUCGGGAACAGUUGUCUCUUAGGUAUUUUUCAACGUUCAUCACUUUUUCCAGUUUGUCGGUGGUACAUAUCUAACCACUGCCCGUAUCCAGGAUGCAAGACGACACUACCAACAAAAAAGGAAUUAUCAAUCACUGCUGCGUAGUAAACAAUUGGUCGGUAAUCACUGAAAAGGAAAUAAAAUCCAAAACAAAAAACCCCUACAUAGACAACUGUUGAGCCCUGGUAGUUAUGCCGUGCUUCUAUUUUACCUCUUCUCCAGAGGGGCCAACCGGCUUUACCGACUAUGUUUGACUGGAAGGGGCAUCGUUGGGACUCAAAUUUCACAUACCGAAAGCAAGUACUGUCAGGAUUGAUACAGAAGCUCAAUUCGAAAAUUCGAUUGACCAGUUAAGAGAUUUGCAUUCAAUGAAUGGGAAAAGAAGAGGUGGUUCAAAUCAAAGUUAGUUGAUAUUGCCAACCGAUAUUUCGUUUCACUGACACCAAGGUCGAAUAUUUUAUCCAAAGAACAUCUGAGGGCCUUAAGAAACAUUAAACAAAAUAACUUUCCGAUUUAAGCAAGUUUGUUUUGUGUUAUCUUCAAGAUUCCAGGUUCUAGUCAUUUCCUACAUUAGAGCAAUUGACUCUUUAUUGAUCAAGACCAUUAUUUGGUACUUUAACAUUUUCUGUACAUAUAUUAUUAUUUUUUCAUUUUUUAUAUUCUUAUUCAAUAUUGUAGUGUUGCAUUUUGUGUGGAGAAGAGGGUCAUGAGAAAGGUGAAUGCGAUAAAAUGUAUUGUUAUGCAUGUUUGGCGCCUGGUCACACAAAGCAUGAAUGCCAUUUGUUGAAAAGUUUGAAAAAAUCAAUUUGCGAACGCUGUGGACAGCAAGGACAUAAUUCAACAUUGUGUACAGAAUUAUGGAGACAAUACCGAAAUACCACAAAUAAAGGCAAACCAAUACGGUUGUUUGACUUUGUGAAAUCAAAAGGCUGUUGUAAUUGUGGACGUAAAGGACAUACUGUUGAUGAUUGUCGUCACCAACCUUUAAAAUCUCAUUUUAUUGGUCCUUUGCCAAGGAGAAGAGUGUUGGUUUAUGAUAAAAAAGAUAUAUAUAAAUCUAUUCGCUUAAAGUUAACCAAAUUACGUGAAAAGAAAUCCAAAUGUAAAAAGAUUUUAGAGAAGGUAGAUAAUUGUAAAGUAAUCGAUAAUGAAAAUGAAUACCAAUUGUGUAAACAUCCCAAAUCAUCUAAACAAAGAAAACAAGAAUGUAAAAAAUUAGACAACCGAACUAAUUGUUCGUCUUACAAUAAAUCUUGUAAAUCAAUCAAUCAAAAGAAAUUACAAAAGGUCAUGGAACAAGAAUUACCAUAUAAAGCUUCUUCAUCUCCAUAUAUAAGUAAUUUGAAACAAAAGGCCAUAAAACAGCGAAUGGAUUUUGCAAAGUGGGACGUUCUACCGUCACUUGAAAUUGAAGAAACGACGAAGAAAAGGAAAAAAGUUAAUAAUGAAAAUCGAAAGUUAAAGUCCCAAAGCGUUCUAUUAUCUCAUCACGAAUUUUCUUCAUCGUCUUCAUAUAAUUUCAAUGAAAUUUCAGACAACUUUUCUAUCACAAAAAGAACUAGAAAAAGACGAAAGUCAAGAUCUUCGGAAGACACUCAUAAAGCAAGUACUUCAUAUUCACCAUUUCAAAAUACACACCAAACUCCAUUAAGGAGAUCGAAAAAGAAAUAUUUCUCUCAAUCUGUAACUUCGUAAUGUGAAUUAAGUUGUAUAAAUUGUUUACCUUAUAUAUAAAUAUGAUAAAUUUGUUUGUUUCUUUAUUAAUCUCUAGCAAACAAGCUAUGGAAUAAUUAUAGGAUAUUUUAAAAAUGAUCGUUGAAUUCACAUCCAUUUACAGGUAUGAUCAAGUUUGAUACAAAAGUAGAGGAGGCAUUAAAAAAGUGUGGUUAAGUUAUUUGAAUGGAAUGUUAAAAGUGAGAUUAUUCGUAACAUGAAGC